AUGCUGCCCACAUGGCCUCCUCGAGUUCCGACCUUCCUUGCGGCUGCUUGGAUGGUUGCUCUGGGUCCCAGAAACUUGUUCCUCGGUCGACUUGGUUUCGGCAUGCAGUACAUCGACGAAAUGAUCGCCUACUACACGACUACCAGAAUGGACGCGGAGCGCGAGCUUCGGGAUGUCCUGCCGCCGCGUACCCCUGAGCAGAUGAGAGAUCGUGCUCGCCGAGAUGAUAGCCCUCGUUCAAGCCCACGCGACAAUGGAUUUGACGAUGCCUUCGGUGGACCGAGAAGUGACCAAGAUGGACGCCUCGAUUCCCCGGAUCGCGAACACGUCGGGGAUGCCGAUGAACGCAAUCAACAGCUUCGCUACCUUAGCCCUGCCGUGCCAGAUCGGCAGCACCCUGCUCCGGAUGCCUCAGACGAGGAUGAGGAAGACGAGAUUCAGGUUGGCGGCGGUCAGAUCCCCCCACGCGAGCGCACGGCUGUUCCUGACGAUGAGGAUGCACCUGAUGUAGACUUCGUUGAUCCUUCGCUCGAGAUGUUGCGGGAUGCGAAGAAGUGGCUGGACGAUCUGAGUUCUGCUUCUGUUGAGAACGAUUCGGUCUCGGAGGCUGUGCACGAGGCGCUGCAGAACCCCGUACCCGGGCCUUAUAAUCUCGACAAGACGCAGCGCUAUUGUAUGCGCGAGUUCUUGAACAUCGAGACCGUCGAACGCUACUACGAGAGUAUGCAGUGUCUCCGCGAGUAUGACCCAGACACCACGCCUCUCUCGCAUCAUCAAAUCAAGUCUGAGGUCGAACAAGAGACCGGUAUCGUUCCUGUCUGGGUUGAUAUGUGCAGCGAGUCCUGUGUCGCUUUCACAGGUCCAUACCAAGAUCUCGAGCAAUGCCCUCAGGAGAAUUGUGGUCGCCCUCGCUACCGCGACAAGCGAAAGGCCAGCGGCCGCAUGGAGCGUGUGCCUGUGAAGCGAUGCCUUCAUAUCCCAGUCGGGCCACAGCUGUCCAAUCUGUACACAACACCUCAAUCUGCCGACGACAUGGACUACCGCCGCAGACUCACUACACGACUUCUCGGUAAACUAGCACGUAACGAGACCUAUGACUACGAGGACUACUGCGCGAGCUCGACGUACCUUGAUCUUGCCCGAGAUGGAUCUAUAACAGAUGACGACAUCGUACUCUCCUGCUCGCUGGAUGGUGCACAGCUCUAUCGUGACAAGAAGAGCGACUGCUGGAUCUUGAUCUGGAUCAACAUGAAUCUACCUCCCAGUCUACGCUAUCAAAAGAAGUACAUCAUGAUCGGAGCAAUCAUUCCGGGACCGAACAAGCCUAAACACAUUGAUUCGUUCAUGUAUACUUCACUCUAUCAUCUGGCAGUCCUUCAGAAGACGGGUUUCAAGGUCUGGAAUGCUCGGAAGGCUUCUAUCGAGUCAAAGGGCCUUUACUUUUGGCUGGCCCUCGCCGACGGUCCCGGCCUGGCUCUCAUGAGUGGGCUCGUUCCGCAUCAUGGAGGGAAGGGCUGCCGCAUUCAUUGCGGGCUUCCCGGUCGGCGCAAGACGAACCAGGCUCCCACAUACUAUCCCGUAUUGCGCAAACCUGAUCCGCCGUACAACGUCCGAGGCUCUGCGCAUGACACAAUCGAGAUUGACGACAUCCCGCAGCCCUCGGUUGCCUACUACACCGAUUGCUUGCAGAAGAUAAUGGCUGCUCGCACAGAUGCCGAGUACAAGCGAGUCCGACUCCAAACCGGCAUAGUUAAGCCGAGCAUCUUCAGCUCUUUGCCACGGUCACUUCCUGUCCCGUUUUGCUUCGGCGUAGAUGCCACCAUGCAUGUCCUUGGUAUCAACAUCCCAGACCUCAUGGUCAACCUCUUCCUCGGUCGCUUCAUAUGCGAGGGCGAUGACAAGCCGGAGUUCUGGCCUUGGGCAUGCUUCUAUCGCAAAGUCGAGGAGUGGAAGCUGCAUGGUGCUUUGGUGGCAGCGUGCCGCUGCUUCUUUCCAGGGUCUUUCGAUCGUGCUCCGAGAAAUAUAGCCGAGAAAUUCAACAGCGGAUACAAGGCUUGGGAGUUUAUACUCUACUUUUAUGGCUUGCUCCCCGCUCUCUUAUUCGAAGUGCUCGAAGACAGAUACUGGGAGCAUUUGUGUCAUCUGAUCGCCGGUGCUCGCAUCUUCAUGCAACACAAAGUGCCUUACGACCAGGUUGCCAUUGGACACCAGCACCUGCGUGCGUUCGUACAGGGUUUUGAGAACGAAUACUACCAGGGUCGCAGUGAUCGUAUCCAUUUUGUUCGGCAGAGCAUUCAUAUCCUCCUGCACUUUGCAAGCGAGCUUAUCCGUGUGGGACCUGGGGCGUACACUUCGCAAUGGCCCCUCGAGCGCACUAUUGGUAACCUCGGAGAAGAGGUUCGCCAACACAGUACAUUCUUCGAGAACUUAUGCGAACGCGCUCUGUGGCGUGACCACAAAAACGCCAUCAAGAUCAAAUUCAAUCUUGACGCCGAUAAGAAGUUCCGCCCGCGACACGAUCCAGCUCCGGUCCCAGGCCAGGCAGCACCGAACGCGCAUCCGGCGACAUCUCUCCCUCACGGUGCUGUUGACUGUGGCGAAGGCUAUGUGCUACUGCGCGCUCGCGACGAAACUCCAUUCGAGUUCACAGGGAAGGCCGGCGAGGCAGUCACAGACUUUAUGGAACAGAUUGACGCGACCGACGUACCAGACGGUUAUGAGUAUCGGCCAUCUUACCGGCGAUUUGCUCGUUUACGGCUCCCCAAUGGGCAAAUUGCGAGAUCUGAGUGGAAAGAGGGAACCCGUGUACAAGAUCGUAUCCGCCGUUCUCGCAUGGUCAAGACACUCGACGAAGACGGGGAAACCCAUAUCGUCGAAGUCCGAGCGUAUUUCCGAGCGAGGGUUCCUGAUGCAGAUGAUGGCACUACUUCGGUCCCGUUUGCGCUCGUGUCAAAGUUCAGCAAGCCGGACGAAACCUUACUUCGCCGCUCGCACGGAGUGCUGCAUGUUGCCACUUAUCAAGGCGAGGACGACUUGGGUGUUAUACCUGUUCAAGACAUCAAGAGCGUGGUAGCCAUGAUUCCCUUUCAGCACCACAAGCCUGGAGACCACAAGAAGCGAUACUUUCUGGUAGAGAAGCCUGGCUUAGAGAUAUUGUGGUGGGGAGUGUCAGACGAAGAUCGAGUAGCGGGGAUGGAGGGAGACGGUUAG